AUGCUAUGGCUUCUCUGCUGCACACUGUGGUUUGCCUGCCGUGUCCAGCGAUCGUGCAGCUUGAGCCCGUGGCAACCCGACGCGUUUCUGAGCCCGGCCGAACUCGUGCGCAGCAAGGGUUACCCGGCCGAGGAACACGUGACUGUCACCGAGGAUGGCUACGUGCUCAGCUUGCAGCGCGUGCCCAGAGGUGGAAGACAGCUGCCCGGCACGCUCUCGGGGCCACCGGUCCUGCUCGUCCACGGGUUGCUGUCUUCGGCUGCCGAGUGGGUCAUCAACUACCCGCACCAGAGCCUCGGAUUCCUGCUUGCCGACGCCGGCUACGAUGUGUGGCUGGGAAACUGCCGCGGCACACCUUAUUCGAGGGGCCACCGGGAGUACAGUGAUAGUGACGGCCGAUACUGGGACUUUCGUCUGGAUGAAGUGGGGCUGCUGGACCUACCCGCCCUGGUGGACUACGUGCUGGCAAGCACGGGAUGGCCGCAGCUCUUCUUGGUGGGAUUCUCCCAGGGGAACACGGCCGCAUGGGCGAUGCUGGCUGACAAGCCGCAGUAUAACGACAAAAUACUGUUGCUCGUCGCCCUUGCACCCGUUGCAAACAUGACUUUCAUCCGAAGCCCCGUGCGCUUUCUAGUCCCUAUCUCCCCCAUUCUCACGGCAUCGGCCAUCGUUGCCAACCAGGGUCGGCUGCUCGUGAGACCAGAGUGGCUCCGCCGUGCUGCUUACGCCCUGUGCGAGUCACCACUGCGCUACGCUUGUGCGCUGCCCAUUUUCUUCCUCUUUGGCGUGAACCCCAACCAGCUAAACCAGUCACGGUUGGCCGUCUACACUAGUCAUCUGCCCUCGGGUGCUUCCAAGAGGAACGUCGAACAGUACGCUCAGAUCAUCCGAGCCAGGAACUUUGUCAAGUACAAUUACGGACCCCAGAGGAACUUGUACCUGUAUGGCACGGUGGAGAGCCCAGCCUACGACUUCUCAAGAAUAACAGCGCCAGUGGCCCUCUUCAGUGCUCGAAAGGACUUCUUCGCCAACCCCGAGGAUGUUUCCACGCUUCGACGAAGCCUGCCCAAUGUCGUGUUAGACUACAUUGUUCCAGAUCCGGACUUCACGCACUUGGACUUUGUUUUAGGUACUGAAGCAGCCGCAUUCGUCUACAGGCCACUCAUUGAUUUCAUGAAUAAUUGGGUGCUUCUAAACGGGACGUAAAAGGAAUACAAACACGAAGCGAGACGCUGGCUGAUCUUUUUUGUAAAGUAC